CGGAAGGUUAAUCAAGUCUUUUCUAUGGCUUUUUGGGGGCACUGCACUCGGUUAUGGAUUAUUAGUAACUCUAACACCCAAUGAGGAGAGCUUUAGAGGCAAUCUCCCAGGAUUAGAACCCCGUGUAGAAACAUUAAAGAAAAAAGAACAAUUUGCAAACGUACUACAAGCAGCUGCUGGGUCCAACAAACCACUAUACCGCUUAGACAAAGAAGGCAUUGACAAAGAACUCAAAAAACAAAAUUAAUUGUAAAGUGUCACAAAAAUGGAAAUCAUGGAGGGUGGGAUUGAUAAAAUUAAUUUAAUUACAAAACGAGACGUCGAAAGAAAACUAGAACUACAAAAACGUAAAGAAGAUAAAAGCAACUUGGCUGCCGACAAUGAAAAGUUAGGAUAUUUUGAAAAAACAUUUGCAAAUAAACGCACACAUAUUGAAAAUCUGCUCAUGCAUUCAAACACAAUUGAAAAACAUGUGCUUCCAGACCAUUUCAACGAUAUUUCCAAGGAAAUUUUACUCCUACAAAAGUACGUAGCUAAUUCAAAUAUAUUCUUACGCAGCUACGAUAUAAAAAAAUGCCAGGAAAGCAUACAGGAACUAACAAAUAAAUUAAAAGAACUGGAAGACGAACUACUGCCAAAAAAGAAGUUUGGUUUCAAAAACAGAACCAAACCUAAAGUUAACAACAAAAAACUAGAGCGAGAUGAAGUAGACUUUCAUGGUAAAGUCACUGUCGUCGCAAAACAAACGUGCGGAUUUUCAAACAGAGUUGGAGAAAUUUUAGAAAUCGGCGGCGACGAAAUUUUCAAGAAAGAUGUGACUGUGGAAAACUUGGAAAACUGUAAAGUGAAAAUUUUGGGAUGCCCUUCAACGUUGCAUUUAAGUUAUUUAAAAAAUUGCUAUAUUUUUGCUGGACCGGUAUCGACUUCUAUUUUUGCGGAAAACUGUACAGAUUGCACUUUAGUUAUAGCUUGUCAACAGUUAAGAUUGCAUGCUUCUAAAAAUGUAAAUAUUUAUCUUCACGUCACGAGCAGAGCCAUAAUGGAGGAUUGCCACAGUAUAUUUUUAGCGCCUUAUAACUUAAAGUAUGACGGACUAGAUAACGAUUUUAAGAAAUCUGGUUUAGAUAAACAUUGUAAUAACUGGAAAUGUGUGGAUGACUUCAACUGGUUGAAUGUUGACAAACCGUCGCCAAAUUGGUCACUGCUGGAUGAAAAAAAUAUUGUAGAUUAUUGGGGAAAUUUAUAACUUUGUAGUAUUUAUAGUAAUAAAAGAUAAUAUUCAA